AUGAAAAUAAUCUACCUUAUAACAUUCAUAUUUAUUUUAUUUAUAACCAGUAGCGCAUAUUCACCACGUAACGAAAAUCUCAAUGCAUGUGAUAAGCUUGAUGAAUAUGUUAAUUCAAUUUAUUCGGAAGAACAAUUUCUUAAUUAUUCGGACGUAAAAGCUUGUUAUGAAUUAACCCCGUAUAAUGAAACAAAAGCAAUUGAGAUAAUAGAUGCAGUGAAGGAAAAUCUUAAAGGAUUCUAUGUAUUCCUAGAUCAAGCAAAAGAACAACCAAAUUCAUGGUUUACUUUUCGACCUAUUGAUCUAAUAUCUGAAUUAGAUUUGAUAUUAAAGAAUAAUUAUUCGUAUGAAUUUCAAUUUAUUUAUGAUGUCGCGGAUCUUAUUGGGGAAUUGAGAGAUGGACACACUUGGCUCUCUUCUAGUAAUUAUCACAAAUAUACUUUUUAUCAAGGACUUUCAUUGUAUUCUGUGAUUAAGAAAGACUGCACACAGCAAAUUAAAGUUUUUAAUGACGUAGAUCCUAGUACCAUAGACUGUCAAGUUAUAGAUAUAGAUGACAGACCGGCGAUUGAUGUAAUUAUUGAAUUUGCUAAAAAUAACACAAGUUGGUCAAGAGAUUUGAGCGUUAGGUUUAAUUCAGCUCUUGCAUCACUUUCUUUCGGAAAUGGUGAUUUUCAUAUUUUUGGACAAUUAUUCACAUUACGAACUCAAUUACCAAAAAAUCCAAAUAUUUCUUAUACACUCAAUUGUAAUAAUAAAAUCUCUAAAAUUACUCGAGAAUGGCAAGUUCCUAUUAAUGAUAAAUCUAAUAUAAUUAGGCAAUAUAAAUCUCCAUAUAUUAGUGGAACUUCAGUCGGAAAAGCAACUUUAAUCUUUGAUGCAUUUAUUGCAAGAUUUUAUAUAUUACAAGAUUUUGGUGUGGUCUUGAUUUCAACUGAAACUAUUUUAAAUGAUGACGAUAAUCUUAAAUAUCGUUUUCUGUCUGACAUAAUUGUUGGAUUUAAAUUGCUUGCAGAUAAAGGGAUUGAAAAAAUUGUUUUGGACUUAAGUAAUAACGGUGGUGGCGAUGUCUUUGUUGCACACUAUAUAAAUAAGCUCUUAUUUCCUAAUAUACAAAAUUUUCCAUUGGAUAUGAAGGUUAAUAAUAUCUCUAUGCCAUUCAUAGAAGAAGUGUCAAAGCUUAAAAGUCAAGUUGGGGCUCUAUUUCAUUAUAAAACGUUUAUUUCUAUAAAUACAGACAAAUCAUUUAAUAGCGUUAUGAAAUUUAUUGGAAAUAAUACAUAUACUCGUGGCGGUAUACAGCUUAAAUUUACAUCAAAAGCAUUUCUUGAUGAAGCAUCAAUUUACGGUGGAACUUUAGAACUUCCAACACCUCCAAAGCUUCCUUGGACUGAAAAGGAUAUUAUAAUUUUGACAAAUGGAAUAUGUAUUUCAUCAUGUUCAAUUAUAACUCAACGGUUAGCAGAAAUUAAUGUUCCAACCAUAUCAGUUGGUGGAUUUCCAAAUACUCGGUUUUCCUUUGCUUCAUCUAGUGGCGGUGCCUCAUUUUCUACUGAUUCGAUUGUAACUUACCUUACACAACUUAAAAAUCUUGAUAAUUCUUUAAUUUCUAAUUUAACUUUUCCUUCGAAUUUAACUUUAGAUUUUACCAUGGCUGAAGCUUAUAGUAUUAAGAAUACAAAUGAAGUUUUGGAUUUUUCCUUUAGGCCAGCAGACUAUCAAUUAUAUUAUGACGAACGAAGUGCUAGAGAUCCAAGUUAUUUAUGGAUACAGGCUGCAAAAUAUAUUGGAAAGUAA